GUUGACUCUGGGCGGAAGCGGCUUUGUAGCCAAGGAGAAGCGAGAUGGGGGUGAAGCUGGAGGUGUUUCGGGGAGACCCCUGUGAUUAGAGCAAUAGAUUCCAAAUAAUGAGGCCUCCUGGGUUUGAAGAUGCUCCAGGGAUCUGACGAACGGAUGACGCUCUACCUCACCUUCCCUGUGGCUAUGUUUUGGAUUGCCAAUCAGGCCGAGUGGUUUGAGGACUAUGUCAUACAGCGCAAGAGGGAGCUGUGGCCACCUGAGAAGGAGGACCAGCACCGGGAGCUAGAAGAAUUCAAAGAGAGGCUACGGAAGCAGCGGGAGGAAAAGCUCCUUCGUGCUGCCCAGCAGAGCUCCUGAAGCCUAGCCCCUCCACCAGUGAAAUAACACACAGUUCCUUGUUUCUUGUGGAA